GCAAUAAAUGUAGAUCUCCAGACUGAUGCUGCUCUGCAAGUGGAUAUUUCAGAUGCUCUCAGUGAGAGGGACAAAGUGAAAUUCACUGUCCAUACAAAGAGUUCCUUACCAAAUUUCAAACAAAAUGAAUUUUCUGUUGUUCGUCAACAUGAAGAAUUUAUUUGGCUUCAUGAUUCCUUUGUGGAGAAUGAGGACUAUGCUGGAUAUAUCAUUCCACCAGCACCACCCAGGCCUGACUUUGAUGCCUCAAGGGAGAAAUUGCAGAAGCUUGGAGAAGGGGAAGGAUCAAUGACUAAAGAGGAAUUCACCAAGAUGAAACAAGAACUGGAGGCUGAGUAUUUGGCAAUAUUCAAGAAGACAGUUGCAAUGCAUGAAGUGUUUUUGUGUCGUGUGGCAGCACAUCCCAUUUUGAGAAAGGAUUUAAAUUUCCAUGUCUUCUUGGAAUAUAAUCAGGAUUUGAGUGUUCGUGGGAAAAAUAAGAAAGAGAAACUUGAAGACUUCUUUAAAAACAUGGUUAAAUCGGCAGAUGGUGUCAUUGUUUCAGGAGUAAAGGAUGUGGAUGAUUUCUUUGAGCAUGAAAGAACAUUCCUUGUAGAAUACCACAACCGAGUCAAAGAUGCCUCUGCUAAAUCUGAUAAAAUGACAAGAUCGCACAAAAAUGUGGCAGACGACUAUAAUAGAAUUGGUUCCUCGUUGUAUGCAUUAGGAACACAGGACUCCACAGAUAUAUGCAAAUUUUUUCUGAAGGUAUCAGAAUUAUUUGACAAAACAAGGAAAAUAGAGGCCCGGGUAUCUGCUGAUGAAGAUCUUAAACUUUCUGAUCUUCUGAAAUAUUACCUAAGGGAAUCUCAAGCUGCUAAGGAUCUCCUGUAUAGAAGAUCUAGGUCACUAGUGGAUUAUGAAAAUGCUAAUAAGGCAUUGGAUAAAGCAAGAGCAAAAAACAAAGAUGUGUUGCAAGCUGAAACCACUCAGCAAAUAUGCUGUCAGAAAUUUGAGAAAAUAUCUGAAUCUGCAAAACAAGAACUGAUAGACUUUAAGACAAGAAGAGUUGCAGCAUUCAGAAAAAAUCUAGUAGAACUAGCAGAACUGGAAUUAAAGCAUGCCAAGGGUAACUUACAGCUGCUGCAGAGCUGCCUGGCAGUGUUAAAUGGUGACACAUAAGCAACGCUCCGUCCUCCCACUAACAAGGGCUGCCCUCCUCUGGAUUUUUGUUUUCAUGACUUUAAAUAGGCAUUUACAGUUCCCUGGAGAAAUCAUUUGACAAAGUGCACAUAAGCAAGCUCAUCCUUUCAAAACAAUUAAAAAACAAAAUCUGAAAGUAGCUCCAGACUAUAUGAAGCAACUACAUACUUGUUAUACAUACAUAUUCAUGUUUAUUUAAUCAUUAUAUGCUUUCAUUCUUCAGAAACCAAACGCUCUGUUUUUGUGAAAGUAGCCAAUAUAAUUAUGUUCAUGUUAUGAAUAGUAUGAUAUGGCUGCCAAUCUUAUUUACCUUUGUAAGUAAUUUCUGAAGUUGGCCAUUUGAAAUACUUUGUUCAAAUGGAUUAAAUAUUACCAUUAGAUAUUUCAAUAUUGUUACUAUAAUGCAUUGUAUACCCUGUCUUAGUUUUUCCCAUGUCCUGAUAUCAAGAAAUUUAAUCUUUUUUUUUUCAAUUGUGAACAUUUCUUAGAAAUUUUGGAGAACUUUGUGUAACGUUUAUAACUAUGAUUUUAAAAAGAAAAGCAAAUGCAUUAGUAUGUUUGCCUUAACUUGUAGACUAAUCCAAUUAUUGUAAAAUAAACCAUGAAAUCAAUGAUUUUUCUAAAAUUAUGCAGACACUGUAUCAUCUGUAAGCUUAAUAUUUUCUAGUAAAUGACAUUAAUCAGCAUUUUCUCUACUCAUCCUGUAAAACCAUUGGUAAGUGCUGGAUUGGCCUGACACUAAUUACCCAGUCACUUGCACUCUCAGGUUUAGCCAUUUGCCUAUCUGUUGGUCCAUGACUUCCCUAUCCAGUGUACUUAAAUUGUUUUGAGCUUGGCUGCCUUUGCAAUUUUUUGGGGAGAAAUGCUUUUAAGGGAACUUCUUUAUUUCUUUCCAGAGUAGCAGAAAGUGUGUCAAGGCAAGGGAAUAUUGCUCCUUCUUUGAUACAGAAAAGAAGCUUUGCUUCGAACAGUAAAAACUAAAGGAAUGUCUGAAAAAACUCGUUCUGCUAACUGGACUUAAAAUUUGGAGCUAUGAAUUUUUAACGUAGCUUGAAUCCUUGGUCUUUUGUUUGUACGUUGCUUUGUCUCACUUAACUGGAACCAUGAACCUUUUCCAAGAGCUGCUGUUCUCUUCUGUUGUGUAAUUUCAGAAUGUCAUAAAAUUAGGCUUUACUUGAUGAAUUGUUCUUGACAGUGGGACUGCUGCUUUAUAUGACUUUGGAGACCUUUGAUAGAGCGGCAGCAAUAUGGAUGAAUGGGGUUUUAUGUUUGGAGAUUAAGAGCAAAAUAACUUGGUCUCUGUGAUUACAGGCUCUCCUGUACUGCCUGACGGGGUAUUUUUUUUUUCCCAGAUAUGGGUGAAUUGUACAAUGCAGUAUACUUAUUCUACAGAGCUGCACCUCUAAACAUUUCUAAGGUAGAGAAGUUUUAGUGCAGAGCUGAUGCUGAACAUGCUGUUUGCAUCGCGCAUCGAGUUGCACAGCCUCAAGGUUUGAUGAUCAAUGCCUCAUGGCUGUUAACAACUCGCAUAGUGUAUUGCACACUUUCUAGUACUAGCUCUUACAAUAAUAUUGUACAGCUCAUCUUCCAAAUACCAAAGGAGUAAUUCCUAAGGAACUCAUCUAUAACUAGAUAAGGGGUGAAGAUUACAAUGUACAUACCGCUAACACAAUUGUAAAUAUUUUAAGUAGGAUGUGGGAACAGUUUUUAGACUAGUACUCAUUGUUCAGCGUUAGUAGCUCAUUAAAUUUUUUUCAAGUC